UGAAUUUCUCACGGAUCUGUACCCAAGUCACCUCCAUAACUCCUCUCACCACUCUCGUCUCCGCCACCACAGAGAAGUAUCAGAAGUGAAUAACAAAUUUUCUGAUCGGGAAGCGCCGGCAUUCAUGACGGUGGAAAUAUCCAACGGCGGUGCGGAGCCCCUCGCCGCCUACCCCAACGGCCAUGUGAAACCCGAAAACCCUAACUCCGCUGCUGCCUCUAAGAAAUCCAAGGAAAGUGACCGUCGCCGGAGGAGGAGAAAGCAGAAGAAGAACAAUAAGGCUUCUGCAGCCGCGAAUGGAGAAGAUACAGAUGCUGCUGCCGAAGACGCCAACAACACCGCUGGGGAUAACGCCGACGAGAAUUCCUACUCCCAGAAGUCAUUGGAGCAAGUUGAAGUGGAGUAUGUUCCAGAAAAAGCAGAACUGGAUGGUGCUUUGGAUGAGGAAUUUAGAAAGGUCUUCGAAAAAUUCAACUUUACUGAAGCUGCUGCUGAGGAGGAUGAUAAAAAGGAUGUUCCUGCUGCUGAUGCUGCUUCAAAGAAAAAGGCUGAUUCAGACUCUGAUGAGGAAGAGCAGGAUAAUCAACAAAAAGAAAAGAGUGGCAUCUCAAAUAAAAAGAAAAAGCUUCAACGCAGGAUGAAGAUAGCUGAAUUGAAACAGAUUUGCUUUAGGCCUGAUGUAGUUGAGGUGUGGGAUGCCACAGCCUCAGAUCCUAAGUUGUUGGUAUUUCUGAAAUCAUACCGAAAUACAGUUCCAGUUCCAAGACACUGGUGUCAGAAACGCAAAUUUUUGCAGGGGAAGCGUGGUAUAGAGAAACAACCUUUUCAGCUGCCUGACUUUAUUGCUGCAACAGGAAUUGAGAAAAUUAGACAAUCUUACAAUGAAAAGGAGGACAGUAAGAAGCUUAAACAAAAGCAACGGGAGAGGAUGCAGCCAAAAAUGGGGAAAAUGGACAUUGAUUAUCAGGUCCUCCAUGAUGCCUUUUUCAAGUAUCAGACGAAACCAAAGCUGACGUCACAUGGCGAUCUAUAUUACGAAGGAAAGGAAUUUGAGGUGAAGCUGAGGGAAAUGAAACCUGGGACAUUGUCACAUGAGCUAAAGGAGGCACUUGGUAUGCCUGAAGGUGCUCCCCCUCCUUGGCUUAUUAAUAUGCAGAGAUAUGGCCCUCCACCAUCUUAUCCUCAUCUAAAGAUUCCAGGAUUAAAUGCUCCUAUUCCACCAGGGGCUAAGUUUGGUUAUCAUGCUGGAGGUUGGGGUAAACCACCUGUUGAUGAAUAUGGCCGCCCUCUGUAUGGUGACGUUUUUGGUGUGUUGCAACAAGAGCAGCCUAAUUAUGAUGAUGAACCUGUUGAUAAGACUAAGCAUUGGGGUGACUUGGAGGAAGAGGAAGAAGAGGAGGAGGAAGAGGAAAUAGAAGAAGAGAUGGAGGAAGAGGAGCUGGAAGAUGGCAUUCAAUCGGUGGAUAGUCUUUCAAGCACCCCUACUGGAGUUGAGACUCCCGAUGUUAUUGAUCUCCGCAAGCAGCAGAGGAAGGAGCCCGAGAAGCCUCUCUACCAAGUGCUUGAAGAAAAAGAAGAAAAGAUAGCUCCUGGAACCUUACUUGGAACAACUCACACGUAUGUGAUUAGCACCGGUGCACAAGAUAAGAGUGGAGCUAAAAGGGUUGAUCUACUUAGAGGUCAGAAAUCAGAUAGGGUUGAUGUCACAUUAGCUCCAGAAGAGUUGGAAUUGAUGGACAAUGUGUUGCCAGCCAAGUAUGAGGAAGCUAGGGAGGAAGAGAAGCUCCGAAAUCAGCGGGAGGAUUUCAGUGACAUGGUUGCAGAGAAUGAGAAGAAAAGGAAAAGAAAGAUGCAGGAAAAAGAUAGCAAGUCAAAGAAAAAGGACUUCAAGUUUUAAGGCGGGCGCGUUUAGGGGUUUUUUGUUUGUAGUAAUGUAGUAGAAGAAAGAUAACUGUGAGUAGCAAGCAGUACGAGGCAGACAGCCUUUAGCAGUGUCACAAAUCUAUCUCUGUAUGAUUUUGAUGAGAUACAAAUGCGCUACCAUCAUCUGUGCUAUGUUUUUCUUUUCUUUUAGCCGGGAGACAUGUAUACUUGGCCCUGCUACUAUUUCAAUGUACCGAAUUUGAAGCUUAUAAGAAAUGUACUCAAUUUGACUUACA